AUGUCGAGCGCCGCGGCGUUGGAGAGUGUGCAUCGAGCCCCAGCCAAUCGAGGUUAUUCCUCUCUGGCAGCAUGCUGUCCCUUGCGUGAGAGCUACUUCAGCCGGGUUGUGGUGGCUCAGCAGCACUGCAGGCGGUGCAAAGCAGGAACAAACGUAGCCACAGGCCAGUUACAGGGACCAGGAACAGAUCCUGCGGUGGCGGUGGCACGCUCGGAGGAAAAAAAAAACGUCAUGUACCCUAGAUACCUGGUAGCACCCGGUGCGGUGAUGG